AUGAGUCAGAACAGCCACUUUCCAUGGUCUACCACAGACCGCCAAGAGCUUCACUCCUUGGGCUCACAGCCGGCCACACUGACCUGCAGCAAUGGGGCCGAGCAGCUCAGACAGCUUCUGGAGCCUGCCAGUGGGACAGCCAGCCCCCAGGACGAUGAUCAACCCUCCCGAAGAGUUGAGGGGGAGCACGGGGGCCCAGGGGAUGAACAUCUGGAAGCAGCAGAGGAGCUGGGAGAGAAGCAGGGUGAGCAGGGGCUGGGGACAGACGCCAGCAGUGAGAGCGACCGCGAGGAUGGGCCGGAGCUGGUGAACGGCGUGGACACAGAGCUGGCUGUGGGGCAGGAGGAGGAACCACUGCAGCAGCGGGACGGCUGUGUGCCCAGACAAAGCAGCAUGGAUUCUGGGGAGAGAGCCUCUCCCACCCAGGAGAUACCUAGCGAGGUCCUCAGCAAGGAGCAGUGUUACAGCAUCCUGGGCUCCUCAGAAGUUCUAAGUGCCCACGAGUCAGAGGAGCAGCUCGGGUUUGCUUCUGGAGAUGCCAAGCUGAGCUGCAGUGAGGAUGACAAGGAACAUUUUCAAUUCAAAGACAUCAGGGAUGGGUUCAGCUCAACCUUUGAGAAGAUCAUUGAGUCUGACCUUAUGAAGGGUACAUACUACAGCAGCUUGGACUCUUUGGAUGUCCUCUCUCUCACAGACGAGACAGACAGCUGUGUCAGUUUUGAGGCUCCACUCACCCCAUUGAUCCAGCAGAGGGUGAAGGAAAGCCCGGAGCUCUUGGAGCAGAAACUGGUAACUCAGCAGAGAGAAACCCUUCACCACAUGGCUGCUGAUAAGCAAGAGCAGACAGCAGCCAAACCAGUAGUGAGGGAUUUUGGGAGCCCUCUCAGGCACUCAAUUACCAGCAGCAGGUCGGAGAAUGUGCUGAGCCGAUUGUCCUUGAAGAGUAUCCCAAAUGGAUUCCAUGUGGAAGGAGCAGAAGAAGAUGCCACCAAGAUCCUUAACUCCAUCAGUGAUGCCAGCUUGAAGGAUGCACUGUCAGACUCUGACUCUGACAUGGGCAGCACAGAGCAGCUUGACCAGGGCAGCACAGAUACCUUGGCGAACGGCUGCAGGGCAGAUAGCGAGGCUGCCAAGAGACUGGCUAAGCGCCUCUACAACCUCGAGGGGUUCAAGCGUUGUGAUGUGGCACGCCAGCUUGGGAAAAAUAACGAAUUUAGCAAGUUGGUAGCAGAGGAGUAUCUCAGCUUCUUUGACUUCACUGGCCUGACCCUUGACAAAGCACUCAGGACGUUCUUGAAAGCAUUCCCACUGAUGGGAGAGACGCAGGAGCGGGAGCGGGUGCUGAUUCAUUUCUCCCGGCGGUACUGCCAGUGCAACCCAGAGGAGAGCACGUCCGAAGAUGGGAUUCAUACACUCACCUGUGCCCUGAUGCUGCUAAACACAGACCUUCACGGCCAUGUUAAUAUUGGCAAAAAGAUGUCGUGUCAACAGUUCAUAGCAAACUUGGAUGGACUGAACGAUGGGAAGGACUUUGCAAAGGAUUUGCUGAAGGCACUAUAUAACUCCAUCAAGAAUGAGAAGCUGGAGUGGGCCAU